ACUCUUGGGCCAGCCCAGCCAAUCCAGAGAGGCCUUCCAUAGUUCACGGUUCUUCCAAUAGCAGCCCGGGAAAGGACCAGAACAGGCGGCGAAGACUGAAGCCCGGAGGUAGGACUGGCAAGAAGAGCUCGCUCAGUCCGCGAAGGGUAAACUCGCGCAUGCGCACUGGCCUUCAGCCAAGCCAAACGCCGUGGCUUCUGUCCUGGAUGCCCAGUGUUUUGCGGCUUACGAUGCGCAUCGUUUUCCCGGCUCUGGCACCAGAUCCAUACUAUUCUGUAAACUGAGGCGGCGAUGCCCAAAAAUUAGAAGCAAUUGCUCUAAGAUAGCAAAAGAUUGAAGCAAGCCAUGAAACCCCUGCGCGGAGAGAGCCGAGCCCAAGGCCGCGGGGAGCCAGCACUUGUGCGCAGCUCCGCCCUCUUUUGGCGAAGCACCUAGGCCUGGCCCCUCCCGCGACCUGUAGCGCGGCGGAGCAAGCGCAGGAGGCUGGGAGGGCUGCGCGGGCUGCGCGUCGCCAUGGAGCCCGACGGGACCUACGAGCCGGGCUUCGUGGGUAUUCGCUUCUGCCAAGAAUGUAACAACAUGCUGUACCCCAAAGAAGACAAGGAGAACCGCAUUCUGCUCUACGCGUGCCGGAACUGUGAUUACCAGCAGGAGGCCGACAACAGCUGCAUCUAUGUCAACAAGAUCACUCACGAAGUGGACGAACUGACCCAGAUUAUCGCCGACGUGUCCCAGGACCCCACGUUGCCGCGGACCGAGGACCACCCGUGCCAAAAGUGCGGCCACAAGGAGGCUGUGUUCUUCCAGUCACACAGUGCGCGGGCCGAGGACGCCAUGCGCCUGUACUACGUGUGCACGGCCCCACACUGCGGCCACCGCUGGACCGAGUGACCUCCCCUCUCCCCCGAGUGUAAUAAACACCAGAUUCCAUGCGUGA